AUGGGCGAUAAACCUGCAAAGGAGGCGAAGACGCCGACUCCGCAGGAGCAGUCCUCGUCUACGCCUUCUGGCACAGCUAAUCCAGACUGGUCUAGUUUUCAGGCCUAUUCUCCUAUGCCUCCGCAUGGGUUCCUGGCAUCAAGCCCUCAAGCUCACCCCUACAUGUGGGGAGUUCAGCACAUAAUGCCGCCAUAUGGUACACCACCGCAUCCGUAUGUUGCUAUGUAUCCCCAUGGUGGCAUAUAUGCCCAUCAUCUAUGCCUCCGUACAGUUCUGCUCCUUACGUCAUACCUUCUUUGUUUGGAAGCAACUAACUUGGGAUCUUAUCCUUUCAGUCCUUUUGCAGUGCCCUCCCCUAAUGGUGUGGCUGAGGCUUCUGUGAGUUACUCGAAUGCUAAUGGGAAUACACCUGGCAGUGUAGAACCAGAUAGCAAGUUGUCCGAAGGAAAGGAGAAACUGCCUAUCAAGAGAUCCAAGGGAAGUUUAGGCAGUUUAAAUAUGAUUACAGGCAAAACCAGUGAACCUGGUAAAACUUGCGGUGCAUCUGCUAAUGGAGUCUAUUCGAAAAGGGUUAUAAAGCUCUAUAGGAACAGGGUUGUAGACUUAACAUCUAGGAAUCGUAGCCAAGUUCGUGAAGGAAAUUCAAUUGCUGAAAGUGCAAGUGAAGGUUCAAGCGAAGGAAGUGAUGCAGAUUCUCAAAAUUUCAACUCCCUUUGGGGUCUUCUUGAUUUUGAGGUUGGAGUUUGGUGGACUGAGACAAGGACUGAUUUAUAA